AUGCUAGGUGCCGCACACGACGUUCCUAUGCGCUCCUCACUGAAAGAGAUCAAUGGUCAAGCUCUGGAAAACAUCUGCUCACAAUCCAGAGCCCAAAUUUCUCAAGAUGCGGGCGUGGAGGAGCUCGAAGCCGAGUACUCGCCAGAUGAGAUGAAGAAAGCAGAAUCCAAGUGUUCAAAGCGCUGUUCGCUCGGACCCGAUGGACUGCCGGCCGAGUUUGAUACGGCUACUUUAAGAGUCACGGGUCCUCUUUUGAUGGCGAUAGCGAAUCAAACGCCGACUCAAGAGCCCUCUUCUUGUGCAGGAAGACUUGUACACUUUGACUCAAUUCACAACAAAGGGGAUCAUGAUCAGCCGGUAAUAGGCGACUCAUCUUGCUCAUCAACACUGACGAAAAGAUCAUGUCAAAAGCCCACAACAUGCGGCUCACACCCGUACUCCACCACAUCGUCAUCAAGUUCCAAAUUGGCUUGUUUUAGUUUGAGCGUUGGAUCCGAACGAACAUUGCAACCAUGA